AUGUCCACUGGCAUCGCUUCCACAGGAGGCCCUGGGUCACAUCGCCGCAACAGCCUGGCAGGAUCGGUAACUUCGCAUGGAUCUUUUGAGGACUACGUUCCCGACGGGAAAAAGAAGAUGAACGAGCUAUUUGACUCAGUAGCCGGCACGUCAAGUGGUCCGAACCCGGGCGAUCAGACAAUUCGUCCGACUGGGGCGGCAGGCCCUUCUAACCCUAACCGAAUCAACAGGGCGGCGACUGCUCCGGUUGGUCAAUCGACUUCAGGUUUGAACACCCUUCGGCAACAGCUGGACCUUCCCCCCCACCUCCAAGCCACCAACACAAACCCUCCUCCCCCGAUCAUCCCAACCCCAAGAUUUGAUCAAAGACCGGCCACAGAUUUCCGUUUGAAUGAAACUGAAGACAAACGCGAUUUCAGGUUUUCCGAGAUGAAACUCAAACAAAACAAGCUGGUGUCGUCAUCGGUAUCCUCCAUCGUCAGCGGGAUGAGAAAAGAAGAUGCACUUCUGCCGGAUGGAUCCAACUUCGGCCAAUGGUUCCGAACCCUCAAGGAAGUCUCGCGAUUGGGUCUGUCCGACCCGGAUUUUUUCUUUAAACCCUGUACAAGCAAAACCUUUGAGCGGAUUGGACGAGCCGUGAUGCUAGCAAGCGUCCACUCUUCUUUAGUCCCAGACCUCCAGGCGGUUGACACCUCGCACAAGAUGUACCUGUCGAUCAAGAAGAAGUUCAAGACCGUAUCGCGGGCGGCCCAGAUGAACAUCUGGCACCGUUUCAUGUUGUUCAGGAUUGACCCGUCUAUGCCGAGCGCAGGGGUUGCUGCUACAUUGUUGGAUCUCUAUUCAGAAUGGAGAUCAGUGAAUGUCAGCUGUCGGAGCGACUCAUUUCUCGGUUUCAUCCUGCAAGCAGCGGUCGUGCAAUCUGGCGCGCCAUAUCGGUCGGAUUUUGAGAACCGGAUUGAAAAUGCAAUUCAGAACGAUCCGAACAAUGUCUGUCCCUCUUUCGCCUUGAUAUGCAACGCAUACGACAUCAGUCGUCAGCAACACUUUCAGGCUUCAGAACAACCCAGUCACCCCGCCGGCAGCGUUUUCACACCGGCAGCCCUACUCACUGCGACAUCGACCAAUGAAGAUUUCGAUGCAUCCAUGUUUUUGACUGGCAUCGAUGAACCGGAAUGGAGCGCUGCUCUCGAUUUCUUUGCCCUGACGGCGGCAAAGUGCUGGGGCUGUGGGGGUGAUAACCACUACCAACAAGACUGCCCUCAGAAGAGCAGGCAACCUGGUCAGCAAUCGGGCAAGCAGGUGAUUGGAACUCUAGUCGGCACAAUCUACGGCCAAUUGCCAAGCGGUUUUCAGGUAACCUCAGCGAGGUUUCCCAACUACUCGGCACGAAAGUCUCUAGCCCCCCCCACGGUCAAUCAACACCGAGCAAUACAAAUGGCCGACUAUUACAGGCCUCGGUAUGGCCAGUCUCAAUCCUCCCAAAAUUCAAUGUUGAGAUCGCCUCAGAAUACAAAACCCGGGGGGGUUACGGCGCAAAUCGUGGAGUUGGGCGUUCUACCAGACGACCUGGAUGAUCUGGAUUUCCGGACAAUGGCGCUUGGGGAGGAUGUCGUAAGUGAUCCUGCUGUUUUUGACACCAGAGCCUCUCAUGGUUUCAAGGGCUCAAAUUUUCUUCUUCAUUCUUUUCGCUAUCUGUCCAAACCAAUUCCCGUGGCUGUAGCUACCAACAGUAGCAGAUCAAAGAUCACCGGUAUCGGAGACCUUAAAUUCCGGGGGCCAAAUGGCCAAGUCAUAGUGCUAAAACACGUACUAUACUGUGAGCACGCUCGGUCCACACUCAUCUCUAUGGCAGCGCUUCGCAAAGCUAAUGCCUCCGUCUUUUAUGACAACGAAGCAGACGCUUUCAAAGUGUACCACCCUAAUGGAUCCCAUCUGUUUAGCUGUGUUUUCGAGCAGGCGAAGAACAGGUGGUGCAUGCCCUAUCCUAUGAUCCGUGUCAGCCUCUAUGCUACUAACCUGUAA